AUGAAACACAGGAGAAAGCACACAAAUCAAUGUCCGUCGAGCAGACGUGUGACCGCUCUGUCGCUCCUCACUUUCUUCGCGACGUCAGUUGCCGCCAUCGAGCAGGCACCUGCGAUAGAGCCGUGGAUUCCCUCACCCAUUCCGCUCGAACCUGAAACUCACGAUUUUACGCUACGCCACAUCUAUCACCGGGGCACUUAUCAAGACCCAAAUCUCCAUGUCCGGGCCGAUGUACACCCUAACGCGGGCGAGGUGAUACCUUUCGCCAGAAUCGCGGCACGCUCAAGGACAACACCGAUCGAACGUCUUGUAGACCGGCAGCCCGCCCGCAUUGAGCAGCAUCUUGCAGAAGCUCGUCUGACCGGCCAGCCAGCGGCAUUGGAUGCUUCCCAAUGGACGAUCGACGAGGUCUCCGCACCCGAUGUCACAAGCAAGGAUACGGUCAUCAACCUGGCUGUGAUGGCGGCAAAUGCAUACGUGCCGGAGCCAUACCAGGGCGAAUGGGAGAAUGUUACAAACGGAUACAAUGAUUCCACAAGCUUCGGCUGGCAAGGAGAUGGACUACGAGGGUACAUCUUCGCCGACGAAGGCAAUAAAACAAUCGUGCUCAGCCUGAAGGGAACGUCUCCGGCGGUUUUUGAUGGCGAUGGGACCACGACAAGGGACAAAUUAAACGACAACCUCUUCUUCAGCUGUUGCUGUGGAUCAGGGGGGCAGUAUUUCUGGCGACAAGUUUGCGAUUGUUAUACAAGCACCUACACCUGUAACUCGACCUGCCUGGGGCAAGCUCUCCGCCGUGAAAACCGGUACUAUCGCGCCUCCAUCGAUCUAUACACCAACGUCACCAAGAUAUAUCCAGACUCCCAGGUGUGGAUCGUUGGGCAUUCGUUGGGGGGCGCAGUCAGCAGUCUGCUGGGCAUGACUUUCGGAGUACCCGUUGUCACGUAUGAAGCACCAGGGGAUGAUCUUGCCGCCAAGCGUCUCGGUCUUCCACGUCCUCCAACUGGUGAUCCCAACAAAGCCUAUCGACGGCAUUAUACAGGGUCGGUACAUAUCGGGCACACCGCUGACCCAGUCUUCAUGGGAACGUGCAAUGGUGCAACUUCGACUUGUACACUGGGAGGCUACGCCAUGGAAUCGCAGUGCCAUAGUGGUCUGCAGUGCGUCUACGAUACAGUUACGGAUUUAAAUUGGCGAGUCGGUAUUGGAAACCACAAGAUCCACAAUGUCAUCGAUAACGUGUUCCGGAAGUAUAAGACCGUGCCGAAAUGUGUACCAGACGACGAAUGUCGAGAUUGCUUCAAUUGGAAGUACUUCGAGAGUAAUGGCUCGGACAGCACGACCACUACCACGACAAGCACCACGUCAAAUACACGAACGAGGACGUCAACCUGCAAAACACCUGGUUGGUGGGGCUGCCUCGAUGAGACGACAACCACUCAGCCAGUAGUAACCACCACCUAUACCACAACGACAUGCAUCUCACCGGGAUGGUUUGGUUGCAAUCAAGAAGAAAACACCACGAUCACGACGACCACCAUCCCCGCAACAGGCACGACCACUACGACAACCACAACAUCGACGCCUUCGACUUCAUCCACCUCGUGCGAUCAUCCCGGUUGGUGGGGAUGCAAGGAUCCUACACCUACAUCUACAUCAUCGACCGCAAAGCACACAGACGACCAUGAGACGUGUGAGACCCCGGGGCUCUUUUUCGGCUGCAGAGAUAGGCAUCACCACACUUCGACGUCGAGCUUUCCUAUCACUUCGGCGCCGGAUUCGACUGGCGUUGCUACUAGCACAGCCUCGUCCUCGAGCUCGAGAUGGAGCUGCAAACAUCCUGCGUUCUUUGGCCUCAUUUGUCUGGAUGAUGAUGACGGUGGUGAUUUUGGCGAAUCUAUUGCACCAACAAUGGUGGGUGGUGAGGAAGAGUGGAACAGUGAGCUAUGA